UCCAUGCGCAGCUGCUUUGCUGGAACAAUUUCAUGAAAUUCACAAAAUUUUAUGUUUAACUGUAGAUAAACCUGCUGCAAUCAACAUACAAGACAAAUAGUUGUAAUUAAGCAGAGGAAAAGCCAUGCUGGACAACGACACCAGCAACAACAAUUGCAAUCCACAGAAACUGCCACUCGGUGAUCUAAAGUUUGCCCUAUCUGGACAGGAUGGCGUCAAGCGGCAUGUCCCAGCUCUGGAUGAGCAUUGGGUGAGACGAGAGAAGCCCUUUGGUAGCUACAUUUGCCUGAUGAGCUCCUAUGGCAAGCUUAAGACUGCAGCCGCACUGGAGGAAUGGACAUUUACGGCCAACAAUUGCCGUCAGGAUUUGGAGUUUCUGCUCAGCCUGAGCCAGCACGAAUUCUGGUCGUAUAUGGUGUACGAGGAGUCGGCUAUGGCUGCCAUUGUGACAUUCCUGCAACGAGCCAAUCCAUACUACAGACAGCCCGAUGUCAGUGAUAAUUCCGCACAGGAUAAGGAGAUCGCUCAGGCCAACCAACUGUAUGGCCAGCUGCUCCGACUCGUUGUGCGACUGGUGAUGCGUCUCUGCACCGCAAAAGAAUCGGCCUCCGAAUGGAUUACACCCCAGCAGCACAGCAGCCUGCUGUACAGCAACUAUUUGAUCUCCGUGCCGCUUCUGUUCGAUCUGGCCAUUGCCGUGGGCGACUCGGAGCCCCGAAAUGUGGCCCUGCUGAAUCAGAUCUUUGACAGCGUUCUGCGCAUUCAGCCGGAGUACAAGAACGACAUUAAGGAGGCGGUGGCCUUCUAUGAGAGUGCCUUCCUCAGCAUGCAGAUUCAGGUGGAGAACGAGGGCUGCGAGGGCGCCGGCGGUGGAGCGCCAAUUGACGGUGAUCUGGAGACGCCCUACGAUGAUGUGGUGCUCUUUGCCUUGGACUGUGCCUAUACGCUGCGUCUGUUGCUGCAGCUACGCCCAGAGCUGGUGGAGACCAUCGAAGAGCUUCGCUUGGUGCAAAGCAUUGCCAAUUUCUAUGAUCUGACUGUUCCCAUGCUCUACAAGAACAUCUAUAUGGUGAAUCCCCAAGCGAAUUCCCUGCGCUGGCUGAAUGAGACUCGCCAGCAAUUCCUGGGCGUGGUGCGGGACGUCAUCAGCUCACAGCUGGCGAGCGGACGCGGCCAGAAGCUGGUGGAGCUGCUGCAGGAGUGCCUCUCCGCCCAGACAUUUGUGGUGGACUACCAGCGACAGUAUCCGCUCGAGCAUGACAUGCAAAUGCUGCUCAAUCGCUGUCCCAAUGUAAAGAACUACAAGGUGGACUUUGUGGUCUCUGGCUAUCAGAAGGCUGUCAGCACUUGCCCCAGUGGCGUCAUGGCCGAUGAGCUGGACAGUAUCGUGGACUCCUUUGACGCCGAAGAGGAGGAGGACUCUACGCCCACCUCGCCACUGCCUCAACCCCCGUCGAAUGGGUCGACGCGCGACAUUGAUCUGGAGGUCAGCGCUGUGCUGGAUGUGCUGCCCGAUCUGGGCAUGGGCUUCAUACGUGCCCUGCUCACGCGCUACGAGAACAGCGAGCAGGCGAUUGCAGCCAUUUUGGAUGACAAUCUGCCACCGGAUCUGGCCGAGAUGGAUCGCCAGAAGGUCUACGUUCCGCCCGAUCCGCAGGAUAAGCUCCAGAGCCAGACGGGCAUACGACACUACAAUGUGUGCGACGGCGAUCGCUAUGAUGUUCUCACACAGGACAAGCCCGAGUGCAUUAUCAAGCAGGGCAAGGGUCUGCCUGGCGGUCCGCGCAAUGCCGAGCAGCUGCUCGACGACAAAAGGGAUGUGAAAAAGCUGAAGGAGCGCUACCAGCAGUAUGCCAUGGUCGAAGAGUCGACCCACGAUGACGGUGAAUACGAUGAUGAGUACGAUGACAGCUACGAGGCCCUCAACGAGGGUCAAGCACCGCCAGUGAGUCUGCUGCGUGCCCGUAUGCAGGCGGCGGCUGUGUCCUCCUCCUCGCACGCGGCUGCCUACGAGACCCAGGACCAGGAGGAGGAUGACGAGGAUAGCUCCGAUAGCAAGUCCGACAAGGGGACGGGGUCGCGCGGUGGCGCCGACUUCUGUGAGAAUCCGGAGGUGAUCCGUGCCCGCUACCAGCAGCGCCAAAUGGCCAAAUACGGACAGCAGCGCAGUGGAGGUGGACCACAGCCGAGUGCUGCCGUCACUGGGGCGCCCAAGGGCCAAGGCCAGACGCAGCAGACCCAACGCAGUCGCGGCCAAAAGGAGGCGCACAAAUCCUCGCGUGCCAAUCACAAUCGCAAGGCAGGUGCAGCCUUCAAGCGCAGCAAAGGCAUGAUGUCCUAGUUCCAAACAGACCCAAGCAAAAUAAAAUCCUGGCACGCUUUUGGUUGAUUCCAAGCGUACACAUGACUCUCCAUAUAAUAUAAAUGUAAUUGGCAUAGAUUAACUAGCUAAGAUUAACUAUAGCAAAACGAAAAACAAUCAU